ACUAUCCAAAUCCUGUGUUGCCUGACAAUUUCAAGUAUGAAGGCCAUUUUGGUUUCUGCUGCCUACUCCUCCCAUUUCAACCCAGUAGUUUCCACCAUUUUGAAGACCAAGUACCCAUUUGUAGGAGCUCUGUGUUUUGCCAUUUCUGGAUUCCUCUCAAUUACCACUGGAAAGAAAUCAACUAAGCUCUUUGCCCUGAGCAGCCUGAUCUCAAGUGCAGUGAGUUCUGUGGCUGCUGGAACAGGCAUCUUCCUCCUCAAUGACAAUGUGGUGGUCCUGUGGACUGCCUUUCAACGCUGUGACUCAGAAAAGGAGUAUCUAUCCUCUCUGCCUUAUUCGGAGUACUAUUACCCAAUGUAUGACAUCAAGGAUUGUGUCCUGACCAGUGUCAGUCUAACAGUAAGUGGUUUCAGACUGAAUAUCUUGUCAUGGUAAUCUCU